GAGAAUGGAGGAGCAGCAGAGGGAGGGCGAGGCGGAGGUCGCGGACCACUGGUUCUCAAAGUGGGAACGUCAGUGCCUGGCUGAGGUAGAGCGAGAAGAGGAGCUGGCCCCCGAGCUUCAGGAAGAGGCGGCCCCUGAGGCGGCGGGGCUCAAGAGCGAGCAGCAGAAGCUGUGGUAUCUCUUCCAGAACUCGGCCACCGCCGUGGCCCAGCUCUACAAGGAUUCUGAGUGCCAAGAGCCAGAAUUCUCGAUGUGGGAUCCCUUCCAGAACGCAGCCAUGGCCGUGACCAGCCUCUAUAAAGAGAGUGGAGAUGCCCACCAACGAAGUUUUGACCUGGGCGUCCAGGUUGGCUACCAGCGUCGCAUCAAAGAUGUGUUGGAGUGGGUGAAAAAGGGCCGGAGUGUCAUUCGUCGCGAAGACCUGAUUAGCUUCCUGUGCGGCAAAGUGCCUCCUGCCCCUCCAGCGCCACUCACUAGCAGAACGCCCCUGAAGCCGCCCGCUGGGGCCCCGAGCCAAGCUGAGGUCACUGAGUCCGGCUCAUCAGUGGACGUCGACCUGCAGCCCUUCCACGAGGCCAUCGCCCUGCACUGCCUCAACGGCGCCAUGGCCAGCAUCAGCGUGCAAGCAAGUGCCCCUGGCUCCCCGCCUCAAGACAGCUCCGUGGCCAGCAACGGGCACCGAAAAAGUAGCUUCCUCGAGGGCGACUUGAACCUCCUCCAGUCAGAACUGGCCCUCACCGUGGACAGUGGGGGAAACCGCAAGCGCACCACGACCCAGUGCGGUGAAGGCAUCACAGACUCCCCAACUCACAAGCGCAACCGAAUGGUCUAA